AUGACUUCUGAUCUUCCAUUGUUACCAGACUCCGUUCCGUAUGAACAAGUAGAAAUUGAUGUGUUUCCUAAAUCAUGCUUUGUAUGUGAACUCUAUGUGGAUGAUGUUAUUAUUGAGACUGGAGUCAUCCUAUCAUCGUCUUCUCCAAGGAGUAUAGCGAGUCAGGCAGAGAUAGAAGGUAAGCUUGAGUUGUGGCGCCAGACCCUGGAAGCGAAGGGCUUCAGACUCAGUAGAACAAAGACCGAGUAUCUGAAGUGUGAUUUUGACGAAACCGGCACGGAGGAUGGAGAACUGUUACUAGACGGACAAAUUGUACCAAGGAAAGAAUCCUUUCGAUAUCUGGGAUCUAUGAUCCAGAGUGAUGGGGACAUAAAGGAGGACAUUAGACACAAAUCCCAGGAAGGAUGGGCUAAAUGGAGACUGGCGACUGGAGUCCUUUGCGAUCGUAAGGUCCCAGUUAAACUGAAAGGAAAAUUCUACAGGACAACAAUCAGGCCUGCGCUGCUGUAUGGAGCGGAAUGCUGGGAAACUAGAAGCUCGCACCUCAUGGCGCUCAAUGUGACAGAAAUGAGGAUGCUAAGGUGGGCAUGUGGACACGCAAGGCGCGAUAAAAUCAGAAAUGAUUGUGUCCGUGGGAAACUUGGGGUAGCACCUAUGAAGGAUAUACUGUCACAACAUCGGUUACGCUGGCUCAGGCAUAUCCAACGAAGAUCACCGGACGCCCCAGUUCGGGUAGGACGCAUUACACAGAUGGAAGGUAGAAUGAAGCGUCCGGGACGACCAAAACUCACAUGGGAUGAACUGAUUAAAAAGGACCUGAAUGACCGAGGCUUGGAGAGAGAGCUGAUGCUCGACAGAAGUGCGUGGAAAGCAGCCAUCCACGUGAAGGAGGUAUCUACCCGAGAUACGUGA